UCUCGGCCUCCCAAAGUGCUGGGAUUACAGGCUUGAGCCACCGCGCCCGGCCAAAAUCACCCCUUUUAAAGCACACAACUGAGUGGCUUUUAGAAUAUUCAGAGUUGUACAACCAUCACUACUAAUGUCAGAACAUUUCACUACCCCUGAAAGAAACCCCGUACCACAGAUUCCGAUGUUGCCGGGAGCCCUGUCAUGCCAUGUCACAUAUAUUGUAGUACAUAUAUGCCCAGCCAUGGUCAACCCCACCGUGUUCUUUGACAUUGCCAUCAACAGGGAGCCCUUGGGCUACGUCUCCUUCGAGCUGUUUGCAGACAAGUUUCCAAAGACAGUAGAAAACUUCCCUGCUCCAAGCACUAGAGAGAAGGGAUUCGGUUAUAAGGGUUUCGGCUUUCACAGAAUUAUUCCAGGGUUUAUGUGUCAGGGUGGUGACUUCACACACCGUAAUGGCACUGGUGGCAAGUCCAUCUACGGGGAGAAAUUUGAUGAUAAGAACUUCAUCCUGAAGCAGACAGGUCCUGGCAUUGUGUCCAUGGCACGUGCUGGACCCAACACAAAUGGUUCCCAGUUUUGCAACUGCACUGCCAAGACUGAGUGGUUGGAUGGCAAGCAUGUGGUCCUUGGCAAGGUGAAAGAAGGCAUGAAUAUUGCAGAGCCCAUGGAGCACUUUGGGUCCAGGAAUGGCAAGACCGGCAAGAAGAUCACCAUUGCCGACUGUGGACAACUCUAGUAAGUUUGACUUGUGUUUUAUCUUUACCACCGGAUCAUUCCUUUUGUAGCUCCGGAGAGCACCCUCCACCUCAAUUGCUCACAGUAGCCUCUAAUCUUUGUGCUCUCUCUCUCAGUUCCCUUUGGGUUCCAUGUUUGCCUUAUUCUCUUGCAUGCCUAGCUGGAUUGCAGAGUUAAGUUUAUGAUUAUGAAAUAAAAACUAAAUAACAAUUG